AUGUGGAUUGGGAAUACCCAUCGUAAAUUCCUCAUCUCAUCUCAUCCGAUGAAACGGGACCAUAUAUCUUCAUACCAACGUCGUCCAUGCGCUGAGCUCUCGCGCAGAGCCGAUCUCACCGAACGUUUUCCUCGUUUCCUCUUCGACUACGCAUCGAGGAUGGUGUCGAAGAAGACCCUGUCAGCAGUUGAUUAUGUCCUCUUCUUCGGGUCUCUGUUGCUCACCCUCCUCGUGGGGAUGUAUCAAGCAUGGAAGGGGCGCAGGGACUCGGCGGAGGAGAUGGUCGUCGUCUCGAAGGGCCUCUCUCUCCCGCCCAUCGUUCUUUCCUUGGCUGCAACGUAUAUAUCUGCUAUCAUUCUACUAGGAACCCCAGCAGAGAUCUAUGCAAAUGGGAGUACGUGGUGGACGCAGAUAUUCGGGUAUGCCUUUGGUACAACGUUGGCGGCUUUGAUCUUCGUACCUGUUCUGCAUUCGCUCAGACUCACGAGCCUCUUCUCAUACCUGGAGAUGCGAUUCGAAUCGAAGCUGAUGCGAUGGACGGGAACGCUAUUGUAUCUUUUUGGGACCACCCUCUACAUGGGAGUCGGGUUGUACGCCCCAGUCAUUGCCGUAAGCUCGGUCACCGACUUCCCCGAAUGGGUCGGUAUUGCCGUUUGUGGCAGCAUGUGCACCGUCUACACUGCCGUCGGUGGCUUGAAGGCUGUGGUCUGGACCGACGCCUUACAAAUAUUCCUCAUGUUAGCCGGUGUUUUGGCCGUCAUAAUAUACGGUGUUGUGGAUGUUGGAGGUUUUCAGCAGGUUUGGAGCAUUGCCGAACAAUAUAACCGAACCGAGUUCUUCAAUUACGAAGAGUGCGACCCUCUGAAAGCAGGCCUCAUUCAGAAAAAAGACGAAAUCAUCCCCUUCUUCGUCAUGGACAAGUUGGGACACCUCGUGGGUCUCCCGGGAGUGUUCUUGGCAUGCUUGUUUGCCGGUGCCCUCAGCACCCUGUCUUCAGGAAUGAACUCUGUAGCAGCUGUGAUCCUCGAGACCAUUCGACAAACCAGGUUUGGGAAGCAUCUCAAUGCUAAACAGACAGCGACAUAUACCAAGCUUAUCGUACAGUCUCUGUACUGUGGAUGCUCUCCCAUAGCAACCGGGAGUGGAUUGGUGACGAUGGCCUUGGCUUUCAUGGCUGGUCAAUUGGGCGGCGGGAUAAUGCAAAUGGUCGUGACUGUCACUGCCGUCACAUCGGGACCAACUCUGGCUCUCUUCCUCACGGCUGUCCUCUUCCCAUUUGUCAACAAGCACAUUCCUAGCGAUCAAUCUCUUUUUUUUCCAUGGCUUUUCCUGAAUGAUGGUUAUGAAUCGGAGUUGCAGCUUCCCUGCAAGUUCGAAUAUGAGAAAAAAUAUGUCCAGGGUGCUUUUGCCGGCGUGAUCGCGUCUCUGGCGAUGACGUCUUGGCUCGGGUUUGGAUCUUACAUAAUGGGAGUCCCUGGCCCCAUUCCAUUGGACUCAUCCGUGCGUGGCUGCGAUUUCAACGUGACCAUAAAACCUCCUCCACCUUCGCCUAACCUCGACGAGUGA